AUGGCAUCUCCAAGACCUACAACUCAACGUCGUAAAGAAGACCAAGAAAAAAUCUCUUCAAACACCCGUGACAAAGCCCAGCUCGCCAAAUCUUAUAUCGAAGGCAAGUACUCCCGUCUUAAACAAAAUGAAGAAGAGCGAAAAGACGGAUGGCAAGAACUCACUACCAAAAUGGACGAGCUUUCCUUAUCUGUCACUGAGCGGCAGCUAAUCAAGCAAGAAAUCCUUCAUCGAGAAGCCGAACAAAUGCGCCAAAAAAGACAAAAAAUCACAAUUUUCGAUUUUGAACCGAUUGCGAUCAUCGGCCGAGGGGCUUUUGGAGAGGUCCGGGUGGUCCGCAAGAAAAACACAGGCGAGAUUUUCGCUUUAAAAAAGAUGGACAAAGCUGAAAUGCUGCUCAAAAACCAAGUCCAGCACGUCAAAGCAGAAAGAGACGUCCUUGCGAACUCUGGAAAUCCAUGAAUAGUAGAAUUGAAAUAUUCUUUUCAAGACGAAAAAUACCUAUAUCUUGCUAUGGAUUACCUUGGAGGCGGGGAUUUAAUGACUUUAUUAAUCAGAAGAAACGUCCUAACAGAAGCUGAAGGACAGUUUUAUAUAGCUGAGCUUAUUUUAGCUGUUGAUUCCAUACACAAAAUGAAUUAUAUACAUAGAGAUCUUAAACCUGACAAUAUUUUAAUAGAUAAUCAAGGGCAUUUAAAACUUUCUGAUUUCGGACUGUCAAAGCACGCUGAUAUAAACCCGAGUCAAAGCAGAGAAGCAUUGAGAAAACUUGAAGAAGCUAGGAUAAAAAGCUAUGUGGAAAGGAGAAAUGAGUUUCAGAGAAACAGAAAAUUGGCUUUUUCGACGGUAGGGACACCUGAUUAUAUAGCCCCAGAGGUGUUUUCUAGGCAGGGGUACACAGAAACAGUAGAUUGAUGGUCUGUUGGAGUGAUUAUGUUUGAAAUGCUGGUGGGGUAUCCGCCGUUUUAUGCAGAUAAGCCGAGAGAUGUAUGCCAAAAGAUCCUUUCGUGGCAGAAAUAUUUUUCUAUACCAAGAGAAGCCAGGCUUAGCAAUGCUACUAUAGAUCUUAUUAGAAAAUUAAUAUGUGAACCCAGCACAAGGCUUGGUAUUAGAGGUGUUGCUGAGAUUAAGGCACAUCCGUUUUUUGCUGGGAUUGAUUGAAAUAAUAUAAGAAGCAGCCAAGCACCAUAUGUCCCGGAGUUAAAUGGGCCUACAGAUGUGUCGAAUUUUGAGCAAUAUGAAGAGCUGGAACCGUUUUAUCCGCCAGUUAGUAAUAGAAAACGACCACAGAGAAAAGAUGUGAAUUUUAUUGGAUAUACUUUUAAGCGAGAAGUAGAGUUUCAGCAGACUGGACUUACGUCAGCCUUGCAGGAGCUUGACUCAAUUAAAUCUACAACCUCAAGAGAAAGCCAACCAAAGAACUAUAUUCCUACAUCAGAAGAGCUCUAUAACGGUUUGACAUAA